UUCAUUGUUUCCUUUCAAAAAAAAAGCCUGUUCAAAAGAAACGAUUGAAUGUUGUAACAAGACAUUGACAAGCCAAUCAGUAUGAACAAGAGAGGGAAAACGAUGCUGCAGCAGGAUCAUUGGAUGCCACCGACUCCAAAACCGUUCGUGAGCGCUCUGGCGCCGUUUCCGCGCUCCACCUGGAUUCAUCCACAUGUGCCCAACGACCAGUUUGACCGCGUUUGCAAAGAAAUCUGGAGAAGAACAAUGAAGGUCAAAGAGAAGCUUGACAUAUGUCAAAGAUCGCCUGAGAGACAGCAGAACAAAGACUGCAAAACUCCACAUGACAAAAUAAGUCAUCGGGCUGAGGAGCAGCAGAAAGAGACAGAUGCUUUGAGUCUGAGCACACAGUGUGAGGAGAACAAGCAGAAAUACCACACUGACUUCACCCUUCCUUGCCCUUAUCUCUCGGGCCGCAGACAUCCCCAUGUUGCAGAGCCUGUGCGGGUACUGAGCCCUGUGAUGGAAGAAAAGAUUAAACCAAAUAAGGAAGCGACAGAGGGGAAAAGAAAUUUGGAGAAAGAUGCGGAGGAGGUCCCACAGUCAGGCAGCAGAAGUGACAAACAAAGUGCUUCACCAGUGCUUCCCUUUACUGCAGGGACAAAACUUGAACCUCAACCUCCAGCAACGAUUCCUCCCUGCCCUGCCACUGAGGACCCUACCUCACACCUGCCAAAUGAGGAAGAUCCUCCUGCACUUCCUUCUGAACAACGUACUGAUACAUGCGCAAGUGAGGAUGAGCAGGAUACUAGAAGCAGCUCAGACAGCAGUUCCAGUGAUGAUGAAGAUUUUGUCACGCUACCUGGUUUGCGUAGUUGUGCCACUAAUAGCAGUGGUGAUGAUCCAGUGAGUGACGUCAGUGACUCCGACAUGGAGGAAAAUGAAAUUCUGCACUCACCCGAUGAAUCAAGCUCUGACAGCAGGCAGGAUUCCCCAUCUUCUAGCAGUGAGGAGGACUUUCCUGCACUAUCUUCCGUCAAGGUUGGCACUCUACCACAACCCACAGCGGCUCCAGCCUCAGGGAAGGUGCAAGGCCAAUGGGAGAUUUCCUUUUCAUUCAACCCUCGUGUCAUCCCCACUGACACUUUGGCAAGUGGCAUGACUGUGCCAGGGCAAGCUCCUGUCCAAGGCAAAGCAGAAGCACAUCAGGCAAAGCUGAAAACCAAUGCAACACCAGCAGCCCCAACGCAGCAGGAAGCUUAUGACCUACUGGCUGACUUCCCAGCUCUCCAGCCCCCGAAGAAACCUUUAGCAUUGUGUGUCUUGCGCAAUGGGAAUCCAAAUACCAAAGAGGGGAAAAGAGGGCUUACUCACUCGCAAAACCACCGCCAGGAUACUGGAGCUUCCCAUCAGAGGAAGAUGGAAAAUGUGCCCCAUGAGGUGUCCUCCAUCUGCGCAGGAGACCAGAAAUCUGUGCUGGACCUUCAAACAUUUGGCUCGGCCAGCCAACACAACUCUCCAACCAUCAGCUGUGAGGUACUGAAGGCCAACAACCUGCCGCCUCCUAGAGUUGCAGGUACAGAUGGCGUGGGUGUAAAUGCCAGGUCCUGGGCUAGUGCUGCCAAGGCAGGCAUGAAGCAAGCAGCUGCCCCUCAGGAGAAAGCCAGACCUUGCACCUUUCAGCAGAUAGUUACCAUUAACAGAGCCAAAGCUGUGCAUUCAGUCGCUCAGAACAUUCCCUACAGGGCGACUCCUUCCCAUCAGGCAGCCCCUCCGUUGGUGAAUGCUUGGUGUCGAGGUCCUCGACCCCACAACCCAAAUCGGUUUGUUAGACCUGGUUAUCCUCCCACCCAUCAGCAUUUUGGAGCCCAGGUACAUCGCGCCAACUGUCCGCCAGGACUCAGAUGUCCCCGUUUUCCUUUCCAACAGGCCAGAGGGAACCAUUCUAAAUGUGGCUACAUGCGACAUCAGCCAUUGUGACGUAAAGUGAUUUGUGCUUCCACUGAAGACAUUGCUGGAUGUUAUAACAACCCUUUAGCCUCUGUUUCUUUUUCCUUGGUAGUAGCCCAAUAAAUAUUUGCUUCACACAA